AUGCGGAAACUGGCCUGGCUUGUUGCUGAUGCCUCAGUGCUAUCUAUCUCCUUAGUUCCCUCUAGGAGAGAAUUAGACUGGCUUAGUAACCCAAGCUUCUCAGCAGAGGAUGCGCUACGACUGCAUCAGCAUACUACAGAAGCUGCAAAGCUCACUCCUGAAAAAUCACCACUAAUCAGGAAUACUUCGAAAUCAGAUCUGUCAGAGGAAAGCGAUACACAUGAAAAUCUAGACAAGACAAGUAAGAAGACAAAAAAGAAAAAGCAUCACCACCAUAAGAAAACAAAAAGGAAAACCAGAGAGGACUCCAGUAGCAGUGAAUCAGACCUGGACUCUAAGAGCAUCAAGGACAAAUCUACAGGAAGUGGUAGAAGUCGUGAAAAAGAAGCAACUACCACUCAAGAUAGUAAAACAUCAAAUCUUACCAGCAAUCGCUUUGUUUGGCUUGAUGAUGUCCAGGCUUUCACAUCAGAAACGUUCAGAAUAGACAAGAAAUCAGAUCCUGCAAACUGGGCCUACAAAUCUCUAUAUCGAGGGGAUAUUGCAAGAUAUAAAAGGAAAGGAGAAUCCUGUCUUGGCAUAGAUGUGAAGAAACAACGUAUAACAUGGGCCGGUUCCGCAUCAGAAAAGAAGCGGUCGCAGAAGCAGCCUGAGCGCUAUUUCACAAAGAACAAUGUGAAGAUGCUGACCACAGAUGGGAUUCCUGUUUACAGUAAAACUUCUUCAUCUGACACCACUCCUUUUAUACCAGUUCCCCAAAUUGAAACUGAUGAUCCUCCUGACUCAACAGAGGUAAAUCCUCUUGGGAUUUAUGAUCCGUCUACUACAAUGUGGCUGCAAGGGAAAGGGUGCAAAGAUACAGGCCUCGAGCCUACAACGCAGCAGGCAUCCCAAGAGCCAGGGAUAAAUACCAGCUCCAUUCUGAUGUCCAAAGUGGAAGAGCAUAACAAGAAGGUCAGAGAAAACCCAAGAGAUAUUCAUGCUUGGAUGGAGUUUGUUUCUUUUCAGGACGAAUUAAUGAGAGGACCUAGCCCUUAUGCCAGUAAGGGAGAGCAGGAAGUAAGAAGAAAAUCACUGAAGUUAAUAUUGGAAAAGAAACUAGCUAUUUUAGAGAGGGCUAUUGAAAGCAAUCCAGGUAACGUUGAUCUGAAACUCGCCAGGUUGAAGAUUUGCACAGAGUUCUGGGAACCACCAGCUGUGAUCAAAGAAUGGCAGAAGCUAAUUUUCUUACAUCCCAAUAAUCCAGAACUGUGGAAGAAAUAUCUCCUGUUCUGUCAAAGCCAGUUCAGUACUUUUUCUGUUUCAAAAAUCAAUAGUCUCUAUGGAAAAUGUUUGACUACAUUGGCAGCUGUACAUGAUGGUAGUAUGGUAUCACAUCCACUGCUGCCUGGCACAGAAGAAGCUAUGUUAGCUAUAUUUCUUCAGCAGUGCCAUUUUCUGAGACAGGCUGGCCAUUCUGAGAAAGCAGUGUCUUUGUUUCAGGCUCUGAUUGACUUCACUUUCUUUAAACCUGACAGUGUAAAGGACCUGCCAACAAGGGGACAGGUGGAAUUCUUUGAACCAUUUUGGGAUAGUGGAGAACCUCGAAUUGGAGAAAAAGGAGCCAAAGGCUGGAACGCAUGGAUGCACCAGCAAGAAAAGGGUGGCUGGAUAGCUGUUACCAAGCCUGAUGAUGAUGAUGAAGAGAUAGAUGAGGAUCAAGAAAUAAAGAAUAAAACUCUACCAAAAUGGCAAAUUUGGCUGGAUAUUGAAUAUUCUCGUGAAGCAAGACAAUGGUUACCUUGGAGGCCAGACAAAACCAAAAAGCAGACUGAAGAAGACUGUGAAGAUCCAGAAAGACAGGUAUUAUUUGAUGACCUUGGACCAUCUUUAAUUCAGCUCUCUAGUCCCGAUCUUCAGCGUCAGUUAGUGUACUCAUUUCUGCAAUUCCUGGGAGUUCCAUGUACAAGUAGACUCUUUCCUUCAAGCCUCUACAUCGCCAUGGAUGAAAAUAACAUUUUUGACAGUGUGCUUUCUGAUGAAAAGCCACUGACUUCUUUUGAUUUGCAACUUUCUGGAUUCAACAGUAUUGGUCACAUGGAUACGAUGCCGAGAAGAAGACAUCACAUAGGCCACUAUAAGGAAGGAGAGGAGUUCAUACAGAAUGUUUUUCAAUUCCUGCUGUUUUCAGGAAAGGAAAAAUCUAAUCUCUCUGCUUGCUGGUUACAAUAUGAAAUAUCUAAGGUAAUUCAGUGUCUCCAAACAAAAAGGAAGAAGAAGCUGAAAGUGCAAGGGAAGAAAAGUAAAAAAUUGGCCAAGAAUCUCCUUAAAGCACCUGACAACCGCAAUCACCUCUCCCUUUGGAAGCUGUAUGCCUACCUGGAAUGGCUACUUGGGAACGUCGACGAUGCCAGGAAGGUGUUUGAUACAGCUCUUAGCACGGCAGGGACAGGAGGAGUGAAGAACCCCCAGCUCUGCAGCCUGAGUCUGCUCUAUGCUCAGCUGGAAGUGGAACUGCUAGAAAGUCUAGAAGGGGCCGUCAUGUCACGGGCUGUUCAUAUAUUGACCAAACUGGCUGAAAAUGGACCAUAUGUGCCUUAUAGUGGACAAGUAGUAUCCAUUAAUAUCUUGAAAGCUAGGAAGACAUAUGACCAUGAGGUGCAAGAUUAUUUAAACAACAUCUCAGCUGCUAAUCGGGAUCAGGUCAGUGACUCUAAUCACCUGGUUAACUUGGUUGGUUGUUGUGCACUUUUCCAGUAUUUGACUGUUGGGAUUGAUGCUGCAGUACUAAUAUAUACACGAGCUUUGGAAAAGCUUGAAGCCCCUGAUCCAAAGAACUGUGAUAAUCCUGGAGAGAAUCUUAGUGUCCCAAAUUUCCCUGCGGCGCUCGAAGACCUUUCAUUGCUGCACACAAACUUACUGAGGUUCCACAUGAAAAUCGGUGUCUACCCUUUGAAUCCGCUGCGAGAGGCGCUCGCGGCCGCGCUGAAGCGGCACCCCCGUAACCAGGCUCUCUGGAGGUCCUACAUCCACGUGCAGAGGAAGUCUCACAGCGCGAGCAAAGCACGGAGGUUUUUUGAUGGUGUCACGAGGUCCACUUGCUCUUUAGAGCCAUGGCUGUUUGCAAUUCGAGCGGAGCAGAUGAGAAAAACGCUCAUUGAGACUGUCCAGAGGGCGGAUGCUGGUGAAGUACAUGCUACUAUUCCUGAAACUGGAUUAACAAACCGGAUUAUAGCUCUGUUUGAACACGCAGUUCAGAGUGAAAAUGGCACCCACUGCCCACUGUUGUGGAGGAUGUAUUUGCACUUUCUGGCUUCACUAGGAAAAACAGAGAAAAGUAAAGGAUUAUUUUACAGAGCCCUUCAAAACUGCCCUUGGGCAAAGGUACUCUAUAUGGAUGCAAUAGAGUAUUUCCCUGAUCAGCUGCAAGAGGCAGUUGAUCUAAUGACUGAGAAAGAAUUAAGAGUGCGGGUGCCUAUGGAAGAGCUGGAUCUACUUUUGGAGGUUUAAAGGAAGUGAAUAGAAGAAAAAGUACAGAAGCUAGUGCCAAAUCUGGCAGUUAGAACUGUCUCUUUUCAACCACGAACGCUGUUGGCAUUUAGGUACUAUGUACUU